AUGAACAAAGCAACAAAGAAGGCCAUGGGAUUUCUUCUAAAUCCCUUGCACAGUUUGCAUCUCAGAGGAGGAGCAGUUCGUGUCGAAGGAAUGAUAAUGAGUAACACACCAAAGAAGAGUUUUACCAUAAGACUCGGCGGCAUCUUCCGUUCGUGUCGUAAAGGUUGCCAAGUGGAAGUAUGCGACUCUCCAAGCGCUGACGAAACCAGCACCUUGAAAUUGGAAGGACUGGAGAUUCUCAGAAAUAUUGCUCUAUUGAAGGAUGGGAUGGAUAAAAUGACCGAUGCAGAAUGCGACAGCCAUGUCGCCAUCGUUUAUCAAUCGUGGGCGAGACUGCAAAUUCAAGCACUUUACAAACGUCUCGACGAGAUCAAAGAAGAAGUUGAGCAGGAAGUAAUAUACCGGUAG